GUGCUGGGCAGCGCCAUGGCACCGCCCUGCUGAUAGUCUUGGACCAGUGGAGCUCCGAGUCGCCGCCGGAGCGCCCUGCCAUCAUCAUGCCGUCUGUCUGGGUGGCGGUGUGUGUCCUGGUGCUGGCCGCGCACCAAGGAGUCGCCAUCAAACUACCAUCGUACCUCACCGCCUGCUCGCGCUCGGACCCCAAGCUCAACGAGUGCGUGAUUCAGAAGGCGUCCGCCGCCAUCCCGUUCAUUAUCAACGGAGACCCCAAGUACCGGGUGCCCAACAUGAACCCCAUGGUGAUCCCCGAGCUCGCCCUGUGGCAGGGCACCAGCGCCGUGGGGCUCAAGAUGGCCUGGAAGAACGCCGAGAUCCACGGACUGAAGGACGCCAAAAUGCUGGAAUGCGACAUGGACGUCCCCAAGAAGCACACCAGGCUGACCUUCUUCACGCCCAGCAUUAGCUUGACGGGCACCUACACCGCGUCCGGGAGGGUGCUGCUGCUGCCCGUCACCGGGACGGGGCCCUCCAACAUCACAGUCAAAAACAUGAGGAUCAGCUUCGACUACGACUGGCCUGUGAAGAAGCGCGCCAACGGCAAGGAGUACAUCGACAUCCUGAACCACAAGAUGACUCUGCACGAGCUGGGUUUCAUGCAAGUGCGCUUCGAGAAUCUGUUCAACGGCGACCGCCUACUAGGGGAGAACAUGAACAACUUCAUCAACGAGAACUGGCAGGAGGUGUCCAAGGAGUUCGGUCCCGGGGUGACGGAGGCGAUCGGCGAGGUGUUCAGGCUGGUGCUGAAGAACAUCUGCGACCUCGUGCCGUACGACACCGUCUUCAAGCCUUGAGGCGGUCGCUGUGCUGCGCGCCCCCUCGCCGGGCUGGGCCGGGCCGUGCCGGGCCUUGCGUGGGAGUCUGGAGUUGCACCAUUCACUGUAACGGUCGAUCGAGCACGCAUCGGCGCGCGCGCACGACGCCUCGCGUGCAGUGCCUGUCGGCAUGUGAUAAGACUUUGACUACUUUUCAUUUCACCUACACGGUAAAAAGUCUACGAAGCAACGAUUCGUGACACGCCCCCAAAAACGGCGUUUCUUGAACCAAAAUAAUAUACUUGUUAUAAGUGAAUUUUCUUGAAUGUGUCAAGAAAAUUCAUUUAUGGCAAGUGAGCGAUUCUCACGUUUCGGGGUAGUUUUGGCGUCUCUGAUUUGCCGAAAGUGAGAAAUAUCCAAUUAAGUUUCUCUGAUUAUUGGGGUCCUGGAUGAUACUAGAGUUAUGGCAAUGGUAUUU